AUGUACUUCCCUAGUCAGUUCUCCUCAGAGCAGUUCUGUACAGAGCACAUCCAUGGUGUCUCCAUAUGCACUGUUACCGCAGGGAUGAUGUUGGCAAGCUGUAGGCUCGUCAGCUUCCCCAGAGUAGCCAGAAAGAGACUGGAGGGACAGCAGGUGGAGGUUCAUAAUGACUGCUCUGAGGUGUGGCCAGGUCAAGAUGUUCACGUCACUCUAAAGACCAAUCCAGGCUACUGUGGAGUCACCUGGACAAGCACUUACCAUGUCCCAGAAUGUGGCAGCAGAGAUCUUCGGAGUAACAUUCCAGAAUGUAUCACUGGGAGGCUAGCGUACACUGUGGACUCAGACAGAAAGGAGCUGGCUGUGUCUGUCUCAGACAUGUUGGAGGAUGAAGACUAUCACCUGAGACUGUGUCACAGAAAAGCCUACACCUGUAGAGACACAGGGGCCAACACACUGCAUAAUAACCCCUCCCAGUGA